AUGAGUAUAUCCGCAUAUUCUUAUGAAGCUGAUAGGGCGAAAAGAUUAAUUUUCGGUUCAUACACGUUUUCAUUUGAUGAUGAGCAUUUAAUAAUCACUGACGGAAAAACUGAACAUUUAAUCUCGUGGAAAGAAUAUGAAAAAUUCAUUCCAAUAUUAACGCCAUGCACAAUGCCUUUCAUAAAGGACGGUGAAAUUAUUGAAAAAGAUAAUACAACGGUUUAUAGGUCUGUUUAUGAAGCAUUAGAAUAUAUGUUGAAUUAUAAUCCCGAAAGAUUUGACCCAAGCACUACGCCAUGUGCAAUGCCCUUUAUUAAGGAUGGUGAAAUCGUAAGGGUUCCGAAUUCAACGGUUUAUACAGCUGUUCAAAACAGUUAA